UUUUCUAAAAACAAUUUCUCCAUAACUAGCAUCUUUCAUUUUUUUACAAUUGAUGAAACUCUUCACCAGAAAAACCAUAAACCCUCGUAGCCCCUUUUUACAUCACAAUCCCAACUCUUAAACCCUAAAAAUGUCGUCUUCUCUCGCCCUCCGCCACGUCCGUCGCUUAUCGAUCUCCGCCGCCUUCAGCGCCGCCGCGGAGUCACCAUCCCUCCCAAUGACCCGAGCCCAGUACACAUCCAAGCUCCGAACCGAAUACGACCCGAACAAAGUCUUGGAAUUGUACCAAGCCGUCUCUAAGCUCGACAUUUCGCCCCUCUUUGCUCGCCACGCCCAGGACUUAACCGUCAAGCGUCUCGCUAAAGCUAAGCGUUUCGAUGACAUUGAGAAGCUCCUCGAGGCGAAGAAGAGUGAUCCCAAGGCUAAGGAAGAGGCUUUUGUGAGUACUUUGAUUAGGGCUUAUGGGCUUGCUGGGAUGCCUGAUCACGCUAAUAGGGUUUAUGAGCAAAUGGGUGAGUUGGGUACGCCGAGAAGUGUGGUUUCGUUUAAUGCGUUGUUGUCUGCGUGUAAUCAUUGCAAGUUGUUUGAUAGAGUGUGCCAACUGUUUGAUGAAAUGCCUGAGAGGCAUGGGUUUUUGCCGGAUAAGGUGUCGUAUGGGUUGUUGGUCAAGGCCUAUUGCGAUGAUGGAAAGCCUGAAUUGGGGGUGGAGAAGUUGAAGGAAAUGGAGGAGAGAGGGGUUGAAGUGACUGUGGUUACGUUUACGACGAUUUUGCAUGCUUUGUAUAAGAAAGGGAGGGUUGAUGAGGCGGAGAGGUUGUGGAGUGAGAUGACGGGUAAAGGUUUUGUGCCAGAUACUGGGGCGUAUAAUGUGAGGGUGAUGAAUGCUCAGGAUGGGAAGGUUGAGGAUUUGGUGAAGAUGAUUGAGGAAAUGAAGGAGGCGGGGGUCAAACCGGAUACAAUAACUUAUAAUUAUUUGAUGACUUGUUAUUGUAAGAAUGGGAUGAUUGAUGAAGCGAAGAAGGUUUAUGAAGGACUGGAUGAUUAUGGGUGUAAUCCUCAUGGGGCUACAUUUGGGACUCUAAUUCAUUACUUGGCUAAGAACGAGAUGUUUGAGUAUGGAUACAGGGUGUUUAAGGAUAGUGUGAGGGGUAAUAAAAUGCCAGAUUUUUGCAUUUUGAAGCCAUUGGUGGUUGGGUUGGCAAAGAGGAAGAGUAAGAAGCGUGCCCAAGGGAUUAUCCGUGCUGCUAAGAAAAAUUACCCACCUAGUUUCUUGGAAACAUUAAAAAAGGUUGAAGAAGAGCUUGGAUUGGUUGGUGAUGGUUCUGUUGACUUAGAAGAAGCUGCCAGUGCGAGUGAGACCUGUUAAUUAUCUUGUUAUACGCCCUGUUCGGAGGAUGCUGAUGAUAUUUCAAAACAAGAAACCCAGUGGAAGUGGAACGGAGAUAAAUGACGAUGAAAAUAUCUUCACUGCUCACACAUGACUGAUGAGUCUCAGAUAUAAUUUCAAAUGAGUGAAUGACUUAAUUAAUUUGUUCUAAGAUCGUUGGUUUAUUGUGGAA